GCUGGCGGCGGCGCCAGCGGCUCCGCGGGCGACGGCUCCCGGGCGGACGUGGCGGCGGCGCUCGAGGAGGCCUGCCCCGGCAACGCUCUCAGCAACCUGCUGGCGCUGCUGGCGGGCAGCGCGGCCCCGACCUCGCCGCCACACGGCCCCGCCGGGGUGCCCGAGGUCCUGUACAUCUUGGCCGUUCUCACGAACUAUUCCGAGAGUUUCGCCGAGGAGGUC